UCUUGUCUUGCGGGAUCUUUUCCUGCACAAAUCCACUCAUUGGAACGACAGUCUGACAUUUAGGAACUCGUUGCGAAUGAGCACUUUGUAAACGUCGUUCGCCAUCGUUGUAACAAGUUGUCAGGCAGGUACAAAUUGCCCUGGGCGUCGACUGUCCAUUGAGCAUCCAUCCAAUUUUCCUGGUUUUUUUUUUGUGUGUGUUCUUUUCUUGUUCACUGGCUGCUGAGCUUUUCCAGUCUUGCUAGCUAGCGUUAGCCGAGCGCCGGAGUGAUCGUUAAAAUGUCGGGUUACCAAGGGAAAAAGAACAUUCCUCGAAUCACUAGUGACCGUCUCCUCAUAAAAGGAGCAAAGAUCGUGAAUGAUGAUCAGUCUUUCAUGGCUGAUAUCUACAUGGAGGAUGGAGUCAUCAAGCAAAUAGGUGACAACCUAAUUGUCCCUGGGGGAGUUAAGAUCAUAGAGGCUCAUGGAAGAAUGGUGAUGCCUGGAGGCAUCGACGUGCACACCCGAUUCCAGAUGCCUGAUCGAGGCAUGGUGGCAGCGGAUGACUUCUACCAGGGCACCAGGGCAGCUCUGGCGGGGGGCACCACCAUGAUCAUUGACCACGUGGUGCCAGAGCCUGGCAUAGGCUUGGUUGCAGCUUUCAAGCAGUGGAGAGAAUUGGUUGACAGCAAAUCCUGUUGUGACUACUCUCUCCAUGUGGACAUCACCGACUGGAAAAAAGGCACUCAGGAGGAGAUGGAGACCUUGGUGAAGGAACACGGUGUCAACUCUUUCCUGGUCUAUUUGGCCUAUAAGGAUGUUUUUCAACUUUCUGACUCUCAGAUUUACGAGGUGUUCAGCGUCAUCAGAGACCUCGGUGCCAUCGCUCAAGUGCAUGCUGAGAAUGGUGACAUCAUUGCCGAGGAGCAAAGACGUAUUCUCGAGCUGGGUAUAACUGGGCCUGAAGGUCAUGUACUCAGCCGCCCAGAAGAGGUGGAGGCAGAAGCAGUCAAUCGCUCUAUCACCAUAGCCAAUCAGACAAAUUGUCCUGUCUACAUCACCAAGGUGAUGAGCAAGAGUGCCGCCGAUGUCAUCGCUCUGGCCAGGAAAAAGGGUUCUGUUGUUUUCGGAGAGCCCAUCUCAGCCAGCUUGGGCACCGACGGCACCCAUUAUUGGAGCAAGAACUGGGCCAAGGCUGCGACCUACGUCACUUCUCCACCACUCAGUCCGGAUCCCACCACCCCUGAUUACCUCAGCUCUCUGUUGUCAUGUGGGGAUUUACAGGUGACAGGUAGCGCUCACUGCACUUUCCAGACAUCGCAGCGCGCAGUAGGCAAAGACAACUUCACCCUAAUCCCGGAGGGCACCAAUGGCACCGAAGAGAGGAUGUCCCUAAUCUGGGACAAAUGUGUGGUGAGUGGAAAGAUGGAUGAGAAUCAGUUUGUGGCAGUGACCAGCACGAAUGCCGCCAAGAUCUUCAACGUCUUUCCUCGCAAGGGCCGCAUUGCUGUGGGCUCCGACGCUGACCUCGUUCUGUGGGACCCAGAUGUCACCAAGAUCAUCUCAGCCAAGAACCACAACUCGGCUGUAGAAUACAACAUCUUUGAGGGCACAGAGGUGCGUGGUGGUCCUCUGGUGGUGAUCAGCCAAGGUAAAGUUGUGUUGGAAGAGGGCAGCCUUCACACGACAGAGGGCUGCGGGCGCUACAUCAGCCGUAAAGCCUUUCCGGACCACGUGUACAAGAAGAUAAAAGCUCGCAGCCGGCUGACAGAGUUGCGUGGAGUCCCCCGGGGUCAGUAUGAUGGGCCCGUGUGCGAGGUGAUUCUUACUCCCAAGGUUCUGACCUCAGUCUCUGCAGUGAAGACCUCUCCUACCAAGCAGCAACAGCAGCAACAAUUUAUUCAGCAGCCGGUGCGCAACCUCCACCAGUCGGGCUUCAGUCUGUCAGGUGCCCAAAUUGAUGACAGCGUUCCACGCCGUAACACCCAGCGCAUCGUGGCUCCCCCUGGAGGAAAAACCAACAUCACCAGCCUCGGCUAAGGUGUUUUAUACAGGUACAUCUCGAUGAAUUAGAAUAUAUUUAUUCUAAUUUACUGAAAUGAGAUGCCUACAAUCAAUUGUGCAACAGAUGCCUGCAGGUGACUAUCGAUGUGAUUUAUUAGCUGGAAAAUACAAGAAGGACAUAAGCUGAAGCCUCACACAGUUGCACUACAAAUUUGAGAACAACAAAUCACAUCUAUAGCCAUCUGCAGGUUUCUGUUGCACACUUUAUUUAGGUAUGUCCUGUCAAUAAAUCCGAAAAAAUGUAUUCUAAUUUAGUGAUAUGUACCGGUUCCUGUAAUUGCACCAAGGUGCAGGGGGGCAUAGGACUGGCGGUCUGUCACUCCUGACUUGCCGUGCACCACACACUUCUAUUGUCUCUCUCUAUUUUGCUGUAUUUAACAAAAGGAAAGCACUACUUAAUUUAAUUUCAGCUGAUAGGGAAGAUUCCAGGGAAUUGAAACUGUUGCUAGAUGUUUAACCUUUUACCAUGUCCUCUUGACUUUGAUAUUCAUCAGAGUCAGAACACGAUUCAGUCUUUAAACCAUUGGGCAUUUUAGGACUGGGAGUUUUUCCUCGUGCUGGUGCCACAGAAACCCGAAGGUCAAUUCACAGUUGUUGUUAAAACACGAAUGGAGACUUUUUUUUUUUUUUUUUUUUUUCUUCUGUCAUUUAAUUUUGCUGUUCAUCUCGGUCUUCCUUUUGUGUUACGGUUGCACUUCCCAUUUUUAAAUACUGUUUUGAAUCAUGUAUUAAUGCAGCGAAUGAACUGAAAGAUACAUUAAUGGUAUUUAAGGGUUACCUUUCAAUUUGGGAGCCACGCAAAAUUUGACGUCUUUUCCACUCGCCUGUUAAUGUUUCCUCAAACUUGUAAUAAUGUGUCUGCUGAACACUUUUGAGGAGACAGACGCUGCAAAGUCGGAGGCGAGGUUUGCAGAAAGGUUCUCUGCAUCUGGUGCUAUAUGAGCAAUGCUAAAGUGUAUAUGUGCAGAUAUAUGUUAACCGUUCCCGCGUCGAUCGUCCUCCAGUUGUCGUUGCUUCCCGGGGACCGAUUUAGCCACUUAGUGACACAAAUUUGUACCAAUCCAAAUGAUACCCAUGUAUGUGAGCUUGCAAGUUUUUUUGUGGGUGGGUUUUUUAUGUUUUUAAGGUUAUAUGUUGAAUUCAAAUAGUCCCCUGCUUGUUCUGUAUGAUAUUGCUAGCACACUGUAUCUAUGAAGGUUCUUGAAACAAGUGAUUUGUGAGACCUGAUGGAACAUUGCAACAUGGAUUGCUAUAUAUUUAGGAGAUCCCUCACUGCGUGGUGAUGAUGUGUCCACUUCUCUUUGUGUUUGUGUUGUGAAACAAGUACCAGAAAUCCAGUUCUCCUUUUGUCUUGCCUUCACUUACAGUAUUUAUUGCCACCGGUUUGAGCCGGAGCCACAGCAUGUGGUCAGUAAGUUCUAGAUACAGUCCGUCCCUUCAUUGCCUUGUCAAGUGUACGCCUCUUAUGCCAGGCUAUAAUGUGAAGUUGAUUCCCUUAUUUUGGCAGGGUUCUUGAUGGUCGUUAUUGAGCUGCAAUGUGCAACGCUGGUCUUGUCCCACUUAGUGUGAUAUUCAGUCAUGUAUAUCUUGUAGGAUACCAAAAUUUGACAGGGCACAAAUCAGUGGUCCCUUCUGCAUUUGACCUGACCUGUGUUGACUUCAGUGGAGUAAAAAUAAUAUAAAUAAAGCCUUUGGUAAAGACUCCCUUUUUGAAUGUGCUUACUAUGUAUAAUGAAAUAUAUAUGUAUAUGCCCAAAUGUAUAGUGCUGAUUGUUGCUAUGUGAGCCCAAAUUGCCAGAAAGUAACAUAUUUUAUGUCAGUGUUGAAUGUGUUCAUUUGCACAUGGAUACCCAAUACUCAAUUUAUCUUAAUAA